GAGAGAGAGAGAGAGAGAGAAUCAUAACAGUAAUUUGUAAAUACGAAACAAUAGAUUGAAAAAUACGAUCUGUUCUGAGGUCUCUCUUGGUUACCUAACAAUAUUCAUAUUCAUAGCUCUCUGCAAAAAGAGAGAGUGUUAUACGAAAACCUAUGAUAUUCGAUCUUUCUUACAAUCUUCUCCUUCUGCUCUAAUUUAAGAAAAUCGAGUGGUUUUGGGGAAGUUGAUUUGGGAUUUGUAAUGGGUACUGCUUUGAUUUUUAGCUACUGAUUGGGUAAAUUAAAGAAGUGCAAAAUGUCUUGGAAGAGCAGAGGAGUGGAGCCAACUCUAAAGAAUGUUGUGUCUCGAAAAUUGACUACUUUUCUUUGUAUUGGCUGCUUCUGUGCUGGGAUGCUCUUCACUGACCGAAUGUGGACAGUGCCAGAAUCUAAAGGCAUGUCAAGGACCACAGGGAUUGAAGAAGAAACGUUAAAGUUAGUCUCAAAGGGUUGUGAUCCAGGAUUGAAAGAUGAAAAGAGGGAGUCCAAGGACAUUUUUGGGGAAGUUUCGAGGACGCACCAUGCUAUACAAACGCUGGAUAAAACAAUUUCAAAUUUGGAGAUGGAAUUAGCUGCUGCAAGAGCUGUGCAGGAUUCUAUACUUGGUGGCUCUCCCAUAUCCGAUGACUUGAUGAUUCCUGAAUUAACUAAGAAAAGAAAAUAUCGAAUGGUUAUUGGUAUUAACACAGCUUUUAGCAGCCGAAAGAGAAGAGACUCCGUUCGUGCUACUUGGAUGCCACAAGGUGAUAAACAAAAGAAGCUCGAGGAAGAAAAGGGCAUUAUAAUUCGAUUUGUAAUAGGUCACAGUGCUACAGCAGGCGGUAUUCUUGAUAGGGCUAUUGAAGCAGAGGACAGGAAGCAUGGAGACUUUCUGAGGCUGGAACACAUUGAGGGGUACCUUGAACUGUCAGCCAAGACGAAGUCUUUUUUUACUACAGCUGUUGCUUUGUGGGAUGCGGAUUUCUAUGUUAAAGUAGAUGAUGACGUGCAUGUAAAUAUAGCAACACUGGGAGCAACUUUAGCUAGACAUCUUUCAAAACCCCGCGUAUAUAUUGGAUGCAUGAAAUCUGGUCCCGUUCUAGCUCAAAAGGGAGUGAGAUACCAUGAACCUGAAUACUGGAAAUUUGGUGAGGAAGGAAACAAGUAUUUCCGCCACGCUACAGGGCAGCUAUAUGCUAUUUCAAAAGAUUUGGCUACUUAUAUAUCAAUCAACCAGCAUGUGCUGCACAAGUAUGCUAAUGAGGAUGUCUCGCUGGGAUCUUGGUUUAUUGGAUUGGAUGUUGAGCAAAUAGAUGAGCGGAGAUUAUGUUGCGGAACCCCACCUGAUUGUGAGUGGAAGGCUCAAGCGGGCAACAUCUGUGUUGCUUCUUUUGAUUGGCGUUGCAGUGGUAUUUGCAACUCUGCUGAUAGGAUUAAGGAGGUCCAUCGCCGGUGCGGAGAAGGCGAGAAUACUCUCCUCUCUCUUACCUUCUUCUGCAAAACUCUCUCUCUCUCUCAGCUGUUGGCGAUGGCCAAGAGUUCCUUCAAGCUGGAACACCCUCUGGAAAGGCGUCAAGCUGAAGCUGCUCGUAUCAGGGAGAAGUACCCUGAUAGAAUUCCAUUGAGUUCUGUUUUUUCACCAUUUCUCUCCUGCUAUAUAGGUUAUGUGGAGAAGGCCGAAAGAAGUGACAUACCUGACAUUGACAAGAAAAAGUUAGUCACUUUUAUAACCUGUAGUUAUUGCUCUUGUAUUGUUGACGUUAUCUCACCUGAGAUGAGGAUAAAUUAAAGUUUUCUUUCUUGAACAAUCUUCCUUUCACAACAUAUGUUGUUUGCACUCAUGGUCGUCUUAAAAGGUUAAGCUGUUGUGCCUAUUCCAUUGCUAGUUACUAUUCGACAAAAGAAAUUUAAUUUUGGCAAAUAUGAUGUGCAAAAUAUGUUGUUUCUAAAUAACUAAAGGCACAUUUCUUAUUCCAACGGAAUAUGAACAUUCGAAGCUUUGUUUAAAUUCCAGAAGAAAGUGUUUUUUCACAUGUGGUAACGAUUAAGGUGACAACUGCACAUCUAAUGUCUUCCUAAGUACUUGAUUCCUUGCAAAUGCAGAUAUCUGGUUCCUGCUGAUCUGACUGUUGGGCAGUUUGUCUAUGUGGUCCGAAAGAGGAUAAAGCUCAGUGCUGAGAAGGCUAUAUUUAUUUUUGUCAAGAAUAUUCUUCCACCUACUGCUGCCAUGAUGUCUGCAAUUUAUGAGGAAAACAAAGAUGAGGAUGGCUUCCUUUACAUGACCUACAGCGGCGAGAACACUUUCGGAUGAUUCUAAAGUACCAGACAACCUGAAUUUAUGUAUAUAAAACUCUAGUAAACAAGAUGGUAAUAUGUAAAUUCUUAUCUGUUACCAUUCUGGUGGUAUAUUUCUCUAAGGAUUACUCGUUUUUAUCCCUGCCUGUAGUUUUUAUUUGGAUACUUUGGUUAUUGAAGCGGAAAAUAUAUUUGGUUUCUUCACACAGAUGAUGCAAAUGCAAGGAGUGUUGCAUACAUAAUUUCUUUCUGAAACCUUUUUU